AUGUCUCCUUCCAUUGUUUUUCGUACGAACUUCUCUCUCUCUCUCUCUCUUCACUCAUUUUUGUUUAUCGUCCCAUUCACCCUCCUCCACGAUAACUUGAGUUCACUUCCUUAUUACAGCAGUAAGCCGACGCUUUCACUCCUCUCUCCCCCUCUCUCUCUCCCCUCUCCCCUCUCUCUCCCCCUCUCUCUCUCUCCCCCCUCUCCCUCUCUCCCCUCUCCCCUCUCUCUCUCUCCCCUCUCCCCCUCUCUCUCCCUCCUCCCCUCUCUCUCUCCCUCUCUCUCUCUGGUCGACUGCUUGUCAACCUACUUCACCCACCUCCAGUCGACUUCGACUUGCACUAUAUCAUUGUCAUUCAUCAAUCUACCAGUGGCUUGCCGUCGUUACUCUUCUCGUAAAUCCAUUAUUCGGAAGCAUUUCGCUUUUUUUCUGGAUAAAAUCGCGCCAUUCACUCGUGAAAGGAAAAGCGCGCGAGUCUUCCCGCCGUUUACACCUGUCGGUUGUGUUCGGCAUUUGCGGCCUGUUGUGCACGUCACUCGUUUUGAUCCACGUGGUUCUCGGCUUGAGUGGUGUUCUCACGCCGUCUCCCUUGAACUUGAAAUCGAGUCAGCGUCUUACAACGCUGAAGCCCCAAAUUCAAAGCUACCAGAACUUUCGCGAAAGAUUUUUAAACAAGCCAUUACCGGAAGAAUCGAAGAAUGA